AUGGGACGAGAUGCCGCGUGUUUGACUUGUCGCUCGCGGAAGGUUAGAUGCGACCGUCUUCUCCCCCGCUGCUCCACAUGCACCAGACUCAAUCGCGAAUGCACCACCUCGACAAAGCCUUGCGAGGUCACCUGGCUCCAUCCCCACCUUGGUGCAAGGUCUCUGCAGGACGAUGAUCUUGUCUCCGAGCGUACGCAGCAACAGCCUGGUGCUAAAGGCCGUCCCUUACUUACGGACCUUGAGCGAGCUCGACACAUAGCUACACUCCUGUCUUCAACCCAAGAUAGCACCGUCGAGGAGUUGUUGACCGAUUUGGACACGCGGUUGCGAGAUCUCGAAAGCAACGACGUGAUCAGUCUUGGUCCUUUUGGGGUGUUUCGACCCAAUGAUGCAGUCACUGAUGAACGCCUUGGCGACGAUGCUUCGGAGAGCCAGCUCCAGAUUACUCCUUCAACAAGUCCAAUAUGCGAAGCCGCCGCCAUGAUUGGCGACUUCGAUCUUACGUACCCAGCGUCCGAUCUGAGUGAGUCGCAACUGCUACCUCCUUUUGCCGACGAUCAGUUGUCUAUUUUCGGCCCCAGUGAGAUUGAUUGGAACGACUUCCACGUUGAUCUGGGGACGGACCCGACCUGCUCAGAAACCAUUUCUAUGACGAAAGGAAUUUCAUCCAGUCUUCCCAUCGCAAUGUCAUUAACGUACAGCUUCGACGUCCAUGACCUUGACUUCCCUACCAUUAGACUUCUCCUUGAUCGCUAUCAGCAUACACUGGUCCCGUACCUUGUUCCUGCUCGAGUAUACACGAAGUCUCCGUGGGAGGCACUGCAUAUACCUAAGGUUCAUGAGACGUUGGGAGAAGUCAUAUUGAGAGGGGAUGCUGGGAACGCAAAAUUAUGUCUUUUCUUUGCAGUUCUUGGGGCAAGUGCAUUCCAUCUUGAUGUCCUCCGCACUUCGACAUCCGAGGUCACUCCUCCUUGGAGAGUUAUUGGCGAUAGUUACCGGGCACGCGCAAAGGCUCGACUCAAGAUAUCACUUCAGAGCCUGUCCCGAGAGAGAAAAGAAGACGAAGAAGAUUAUAAGGAUGUGCUUCUUGCGCUGUUGAGCAUGGUGACAGUGUGUGUCGUCAGUGGAGACAUGGAUGAGGCUUAUGCAUAUCUACACGACGUUGAGCAUCUGAUUGCUCUCUAUGGAGUGGACAAAAUCCGCCAGUCGGCAGACGUGCAAAUGCUGUACAGCACUUAUCUGUACUUGCGCACAUUACAGGCCAGCGUCAGCAGUUUCAGUGGUCAGGGUCAGGCGGGCGCAAGGUCGAUCAAAGAACCCCCAGAAAGACCAGAUGGAACCGGAUCUGCCAUCACUGUUACGCUUAAGAAACACAACAAUAAUCUUUGGUCAAGCCUGCUUCACGUCGAUGGGCAAAGCAAUGCAUCUAUGGCCACGGCGACCGAGCUUCCUUGCCACAUUUGCGGGCGAAACACAUCCAUAUUCGAGCAGAUAUACUCGCUGCCUGAGUCCCUGUUUCAGCUGAUCUCUCGCGUCACAGAACUCGCGCAGAGGAUGGAAGAGCUCAGACGCAACGAAUACAAGACAUCAAUCACCGGUCGUGAUCCGCUUUCCGAUGAAGUCGCUCAGCUGGAAACCGACGUCUGCGGUUGGAAGAACGAGGUCCCAAACCCCGAACACGGGCACGUUCCACUACAGUGUCCCAACUGCAUGUCGAACGUGACGUGUGAUUCGGGACCAGAUUGCAUCGGAAAUCCCUCCCGCACGUCCCUGUUAUACCACUUUAGAGAAGCAAUGCAUUCGGCUCUACUGAUUUAUUUCUACCGGUGUGUCCGAAGGAUAGAUACACACAUUCUGCAGCACUUUGUGAUCAAGACGAUUGAGCAUCUAUCACGGUACGGUGAACGAAAACGGGAAUCGAAUGAUCCUUCAUCGAACCUCUGCUGGCCAGGGUUCAUUGCCGGUUGUGAGGCACUAGACACCAACACUCGGGAGCUGUUUUCUGCCUGGUUCAGCAGAGAGACGGCCCUAACUGGCAUCCGCAUGUUCGAGGUUGCAGGUCAAGCAGUCAAGCAGGUAUGGGAGGCACGCGACUUGAAGAAGGACCGGAAUCUGUCUUGGUCAUACAUACUCAAGGAGAACAAGACACUGGAUAAACUGGUCCUCAGCUGA